GUGGAAAACGAAGCAGCACAGAAAAAGACAGACAAAAAGGAAGAAACUGUGGAGGCAAAGAAAAGCGAAGUUAAAGAUCUCACAAAUGAUGAUGAUGAUGAUGAUGAUGAUGACGAUGAUGAAGACAUGGUGAAAAAAGCUGAAGAUGAGCAACCUAAGCUUUCCAAGAAGAAACUGAGAAAGAUGAACAGACUGAGUGUGGCUGAACUAAAACAGUUAGUCCCAAGACCUGAUGUGGUAGAGAUGCAUGAUGUUACUGCACAUGAUCCAAAGUUUCUUGUCUUCCUAAAGUCAUGCCGCAAUUCAGUUCCUGUGCCCAGACAUUGGUGUUUCAAGAGGAAAUAUCUUCAGGUAAGGUUACAAACCUCCACGUGCAUUAAGCAGCUUGCCAGAGACACACCUUUUUAUGCUGAGAACUUUCGUUGCAGAUGGCAAACAAAACCCAAAAUGUUAAUUCACGGUGAUCUUUACUAUGAGGGAAAAGAGUUUGAAACACGACUGAAAGAAAAGAAACCAGGCGAUCUGUCAGAUGACCUAAGAACAGCCCUUGGUAUGCCGAUAGGUCCAAACAAUCAUCUGGUUCCACCGCCAUGGUUAAUAGCCAUGCAGAGGUAUGGACCUCCUCCCUCCUACCCCAACCUCAAGAUCCCUGGUCUAAAUGCACCAAUACCUGAGGGCGCCUCAUUUGGUUAUCAUGCGGGGGGCUGGGGCAAGCCUCCAGUGGAUGAGCAGGGGAAGCCUCUGUACGGUGACGUGUUUGGCAUUCAACAGCAGGAGGCUCCUGUGGUGGAGGAAGACGAACAGAUUGAGAGCCAGCCCUGGGGUGAGCUGGAGUCUGAGUCUGAGGAGGAGUCCGAGUCAGAGGAGGAAUCUGAAGAGGAGGAAGAUCAAACUGGCCUCAUCACUCCAGCUGACACCGGUCUGAUUACGCCUAGCGGACUGACGUCAAUACCAGCUGGCAUGGAGACACCGGACAUGAUCGAGCUGCGAAAGAGGAAAAAUAUCGAGGAAGCUAUGGAGACUGGUGCCGAACAGCAGACCUUGUACACGGUGUUGCCGGAGAAGAGAGUGAACGUCGGUGCUGCUAUGAUGGGAUCUGCGCAUGUGUACGACAUAACGUCGGCAGCUGCUGGAGUUCCCAGAAAGGCGGGAGCGCCAUUGACAGAAGGUGUCGAGGUAGCACUGGACCCAAGUGAACUGGAGUUGGACCCUGCUGCUAUGCAGGCCAGAUACGAGGAACAGCUGAAGGAACGAGAAAGCCAACUACAAAAAGAGGACCUUAGUGACAUGGUGGCAGAGCACGCUGCCAAACAAAAGAAACGGAAGAAAGCCACAGACAGUGGGAAGUCCGCCAAGAAAUACAAAGAAUUCAAGUUCUGAUGAGAACGAUGUAGUGGUCUUACUAAGACCUUUUCUUUUUACUUGUACAGUUCUAGCAACAAUACACUCCAAAACGUGUGGUUUAACACCUUUAUUUCCCUUGUUUUUUUUUUAAGAUUAUACGUCGCUUACAAAUACAAAUAAGUUGUAAUAGUAAUAAAAAAGGGAUAGUCGCUAGGUCCA